UUGUAGCUACCUGGAGCUUUUCCUCCACCUUGACGCUCAGGUACGGGUUUAGUCGAAAACUUUACUGAAACUGACAUUUUUGAGUGGAGAUAAUAUAUGGGACGUUGAAAAUGGAUUAAAAACUGUCAUGUUUGAUGUAAGGGGACGAAGACAACAUUAAUUCUGAAGUAGGUUGGCGGACGCACCGUGUACACAACCUUGGAGGCAGGAAGUCAUGUCCGCCGGCGGCACUGGCAGUCUGAGACGCAGCUCAGGGCAUGGCAGCAACAGGCAUGCACCCAGCCGGAGCAGCAGCCAGAGGUCGUCAUAUGAGGAGCGCUGUGUGGACCCAGUGGAAGACAGGCUCCCGACCCCAGAGCCAAAAGCAGUCCACAAAGCUAACCUGAAAGAUGCUAAUGGAAAGGAGUCUGAGACCAUUGGUUUCAUUCCUGGCUCAGCUGACCCUCCCUCUACGACACAAACCUGCAAUCCCUGCGUUCCUCCAAGCAGCUGUAGGACCUUUGUGUGCAGCGUGCUCACCUGUGGCCUGUACAGGGUCUGCCAGCGUUCCAUCCUUGCCCCAUGCCUGGCGCCAAACGAGAGCUCCCCAGACGAACCAGAGAAGGUGAGCCUCCAAUCUGUGACCCCAGGAGACAACAAAGAAGAGGAUGGCACAGACUGGCUCGGGGAUGUCCGCAUCGCUGGAGUCAUAGUUGACAGUCCAAGAGAGUGUUUAGUUGCUGAACCCAAAUCUACACCAUAUGUGCCUCCAUCUGUGUCUCGAACACAGCCCAGCCAUCCAUCCCUGCAUGAGUCUAUGGGGUUUGAUGACUGGGAGGAUGGCGAGGAGGACGUGGACUCUCUGAUCACUAAGAAGCUGCUGGAGCUCUACUCUGAAUAUCAGAUUGAAGAGUUGGUCAGGUGCACCUCAGACUCUGUGUUUCUGAAGAAGAGCAAGGCCAUCAACCAGCUCAUCAACUCACUGGCAGAGGAGCACAAAAUGGACGAGCAGGAGGCAGAGUGUCGGCUGGUGCGAGGCAUCAUCCGCAUCAGCACUCGGAAGAGUACAAAGAAGAGGCCGCACGUCUCCAGGAUGGACAGGACGCUGUCGGACAGCGGGAACGAGACAAUGAGGGAGAGCGAUACCUUUUCAUUUAGCAACAACAAUGACUACAAAUCAAAUCCAAACAUCCAAAUAUCAGAACUGACCUCCUCUGACAAGUGUGCCAGAGAGAUGUGGAGGACCAAUGGAGGUCACACUUCCAGUUCUCAGACAGCCUACUCGCCCUCUCACACAGAGACUAAUUCUUCAGGUGUCCCACUGAUUCGCACCUCUGUGAGAACAUGAAUCCUGCUCCACACUGGUGAUCUAUGCUUGAAUUAUUUGUCAUGCUGUGUCCACAAGGUCACAUAUGGGACAUUGAAAGGCGACACUACUUGCACAGGAGUCUCUGGCUGAGCCAAGCUCUUUGUAGAGACCAUGGCUUUGCUGUGGAAAAAGAAAAUGUGAAAAUUCACAUUGUCUGAAGGACUUCAGUGAACUCAGGGCUCUGUGUGUAGAUAUUUAUGCUUGAUAAAUAUUGUGUGUAUAUUGGAAGGAUGGCUUGAUGGAGCGCUUACCCUGCAGGCAGAUAUCAACAGCAGCUCUUUAUGGCUCUUAUUGUAUCUCAAUUAACCGUCCCCUCGUCCUUGAAGGAGAACUGAGUUGUGUUCAUGAAACCUGAUUUAUUUUGGCUGGUCAGGUGAUUCUGCUGUUUUUAUGCAAAGGAUGUGUGGAUUCAGUUAUGUUAGGUUUUUUUGGCACAUUUCAUAAUGUCAUUGUCAUAGAUUUGAUUUUAAACUGAUUUGUGUGAUUUAAAACUGUAUAGAACGCUAUGUAUCAUAUUGACAGUCAGUGAUUCUUGAUGAAUGAUCAGAAAUGUCUCAUUUAUGUAAGAGGCAUAGUGGCAUCAGUGUGAAAGGAUGAAGAAACUAUAUUUGGCUAGAAGAAAAUCCUGAGUUUGUACGUGUGCCUGGUAGUAUACUAGAAAUAAGAAUGAAGUCUGUCCAAAGAACAGUUUGACAUUUUGGAAUAUUCGCUUAUUUGCGGAGAGUUAAACACUGCAGCUCAGCAUAAAGACUGGAAACACGAGGAAACAGCUAGCCUGUUCCUGUUGCUAAGCGAAGCUCAACACGUUAUGUUUUGUUUGUUUAUUUGACUCAGAAACCAAAGGGUAAAAACUACAAGCUGUGGGUUUUUCAGAGAGUUAUUCACUGGACUGUCUUUCGGCCACAAUUUGUCAGUUUUACAGUUUGGUUUCUAUCAGCAGAGGUGUGGACUCAAGUCACAUAACUUGGACUCGAGCAAGACUUGAGUCACAAAUUUCAUUACUUUAGACUCGACUCGUGACUUGACUUGGUCUUGAGCCUUCUGACUUAAAAAUACUCAAAGUCAUCAAUUGUUUAAACCAAUAUGACAUCAUCCAGAGAGUUGAGAUGCAACUUGUUUAAACAAAUAAUUAAUUCAUUUUCUGUAACAGUUUAUCCAGUUAGGGGUCGUGGGGGGCUGGAGCCUAUCCCAGCUGACACUGGGCGAGAGGCGGGGUACACCCUGGACAGGUCACCAGACUAUCACAGGGCUGACACAAACGCCCCUUUUACACUUCCAGAUUUUCCACGAAUGUUGGGCCGUUUUGCCGGCAAGCUGCGAGCGUUUAGACACACAGAGCCGGAUUGGCGAGUUGAUCUGAGGUGCCCAAUUUUCCACCUCGUAGGGUAGACAUAUUAGCGAAACCCUGUUAAUUUAAAAAGACCGAAGCAGCCUUCCACAACGGGAGGGGCUGUUGAUGACGCCGCACGUGCGAGCCACUGGUGGUGGAUAAACAGGAAACAGCUGAUAGCAGGAAUUAGCGAGCAGCUAGUAGCAAGAGGGAAACACAAACCUGACAGACACUGUAAAGAUGAGCAACUGGGGAGACAAGGAAUUGCGGGCCCUCCUUGUCCUCGCAAACGAAGAGGUCAUUAACCGUCGGAUGAUGGGGACGGUGAAGAAUGGGCCGACUUACAAGAGAAUCGCCGAAGGACUGAGCAGCCACGGCUUCCCUACCACGUCACUGUUUACGUCACACGCUGAGCUAGACGUUUUGUUACUUGCUCACCCCCCCCAUUGCCCCGAAAAAGGCGCAUUCUGUAUAAACAAAAGUAGGUAGGAGGCAUUUUGCUGCACUCCCCGAUUUAGUUUUUAUACUGCCAAUGCUGAAAGAAGACUGAUUGGGCUUUCCUGCAAAUUUGCACAAUUCCUGUUUAAAAGGGCUAUAGAGUCACCAAUUAACCUGCAUGUCUUCGGACAGUAGGAGGAAGCCGGAGUUCCUGGAGAAAACCCACGCUGACACGGGGAGAACAUGCAAACUCCGUACAGACUUGAUUCUGGUCUUGUCUGUCCUGACUUGGGACUUGAGUAAUAUGACUUGAGACUUUCAAAACAAUGACCCUUGCUUGUUAUAAAUUCUAUAUAAUAUGUUAAUACGUGAGCUUUGAAGGUCUUGAUGGGAGUAUGUUGUUACUUGUAGACAGGGUCAUGCUAGCUGUUUCCAGUCUUUAUGCUAUGCUAAGCUAAGCUAAGCUAAUCAGCUGGUGGCAGUAGCUUCAUAUUUAACACACAGAUAUGAAAGUUGGGUUCUUAUGGAAAGAAAGAAAGUAAAUCUGUUUUUGUCCCCUGAGAAAGACGAGCAGGAGGCUACAGUAAACAUAAGUGGACUUUGAGUUAAUAUUUUUCUUGUGUCAAAAUUUUGUUGUGUUUUUUUCUGUUGUGACGUUUGUGAUGUUCAUACAGUGUGGAGUGUAAUCUCACUUUUUCUUUGAAGCAGAUAAUUGUUAGUGUAAUAACAUGAAGCUGAUAUGAAGCAGAAAGCUUUGGUGCUUGAUAGUUGCUGUUUGUGGCCGUUCUGUCUGCUACUCACGUCUCAGAUUGCGAGACGUUUUGAGAGCUGGUGUGAAGCUAGUCUUCGGGUUAUAUCAUGCACUAUAACUAUUAAUUUAUUCGUGUCAUUAUCCAAAGCUUACGAAUGAAGUAAAUGUCUGUUUCUAACCCCAACAUGCAGGCUGUGUUUGCUCCUGGGUGCUGAUGGGAAUUUGAUCAGCUGGUUUAGUAUGGUUUAACUGUCCAGAGUACAAUCUUGUCACCCAGGAUCUGUCCUGUUGUGCCUUAUUUUAAUUCUAAGUAGGUAAAUGACGCAGUAGCGUGUAAGUAAUCUUUCUGCAGCAUCAGGUGGUUCUGAUAAAAUGGUGUGAAACUGGCUGCUGUGGUUUUAACCAAAAGGCAGAAAGUGCAUCUAGACUAUAAAGUGAUUAACGUAUCAGUGUCAUUAAAACUGUACCUUUCCUAUUAUACUACUUAUUUCACUAAACUGGUUUAAUUGAAUGCUGAAGCUAUUGUUUUCAUUUGCACAUUAGAUUUUCUCCGAAGGUUUCCUAAAUUCCAAAGCGUAAUGCUUGGGCCUCUCACCACGGUGUGGUACUCUGCAAUAUGUUGGCAGGUUCUUAUCUUGACUGUAACGCAUCUUAAAGUUGAUGUCUCAUUGUAAAAGCAAUAAAUAAAUGAAGUGAAACAAAAA